ACUGGCAGCAGCUCUCCGGACACUCCCUGUCCCAGCUGCAGUCUCACUGUCCCCAAGCUGCUCCUGCCUCAUGCAAACAAUGGCGCUGGCCCUCAUCCUGGUGCCCCGACCCUCCCUGUCACUGCACCCCAGCCAGGGGGUGUCCGUGGGGGACAAUGUCACCCUGCAGUGCCACCUGUCUCGUCUGGCUGCCCGGGUCUGGCUGUACCAGGAUGGAGGUUGGACAUACAGAAAGAGCAAGGACAAGAAGCAGGACGCAGCUGAGUUCUCCUUCGUCAGCACAAGUCGGGAACACGCAGGUACAUAUCGGUGCCAGUACAGGGUGUCUGAGUCAGCAAAGAUAUCAGAGAAGAGUGAUCCUGUGGAGCUGGUGGUGACAGAUCACAGCUUCCUUCCACCCAGCAUCUCCCUUCACACCAAGGAAUGUGUGGGGACAGGGACCAAUGUCACCAUAUGGUGCAGGAACAAGGGUUUUGGGGCCACCUUCCUCCUGCACAAAGAUGGGCACUCAGCCCCAGUCCAGCACCAGGAAUCCAACGUUGCGGGUACAGCCACCUUCACCCUCUUUGGGGUGACCCCAGCUGACACUGGCACCUAUCAAUGCUCCUACCGCCCCUGGCGUUACCCCUUUGUGUCCUCACCCCUUGGGAGCAGCGUGACACUGGAGGUGGCACCCACACCUGCACCCCCAGACCCCACAGGUGCUACAUUUACUUCUCAUGGGAACCUGGUGGUUGUGGUGGCUGGGGGCUGCACUGCUGCCUUUGUCUUCAUCCUCAUCCUUGUCAUCUUCUUCUUCCUCGCCACCC